CUCCAACUGUAUCUCUCCCGAGGUUCAAAAUUUGAAAUUGGCUCUCGUCAGAUUCCAAGUCUAUCGUUUCCCUCCCACUCUUCCUCUUCGAAUAUCUCUGUCUCUGCCUUUCUAAUUAAAAUCCAGAAACGGAAGAUCAAUGGGCGGUUCUCAUAGUCGCGAGGAUUUGAUGGUCUCAGACUCUGACGAAGAAGAAGAAGAAAAUGAAGAAGAAUACCAGGAUGUCGAAGAAGAAAAUCAACAGAGAUCUUUGGGAAGCAAAGCUAAAGAAAAGCUGUCUUCUCUGGACGAGGUAGACGCAAAGCUCAAAGCCCUAAAACUGAAGUAUCCAUCCCAUAAUCCUAAGCUGAGGAACGCCGUGAAGCUCUACCUUCACGUUGCAGGUAACACCCCUAAAUCCAAAUGGAUCACCUCUGAGAAACUCACCACUUACUCCUUUGUCAAGUCCUCCAGAAUUGACGGUGACAGCGACGACGACAGAGAAUCCGACCACGAUGGAGAGUCUUGGUGGGUCUUGAAAGUUAGCUCUAAAAUUAGAGCGAAGGUUGCAACGGAGAUGCAAUUGAAGAUGUUCGGCGACCAGCGUCGCGUUGAUUUCGUCUGCCAAGGCGUCUGGGCAAUGAAGUUCUUCACCGACGAGGAUUAUAGGAAUUUUAUAUCUAGGUUUCAGGAUUGCCUGUUUGAGAACAUUUAUGGUCUCGAAGCGAACGAUGAGAACAAGGUCAAAAUUUAUGGAAAGGAUUUUAUCGGAUGGGUGAAACCAGAAGUUGCCGAUGAUUCGAUGUGGGAAGAUGCUGAAGAUAGUUUUGUGAAAAGCCCCAGCUCAGUGACUCCUGUAAGGUCGAGUCAGGAUCUGUUGGAAGAGUUUGAGGAGGCAGCAAAUGGAGGAGGAAUUCAGAGCUUGGCCUUGGGUGCGUUAGACAACAGUUUCUUGGUGAGUGAUUCUGGUAUUCAGGUUGUCAAAAAUUUCAGUCAUGGAAUUCAUGGAAAAGGUGUUUGCGUGAAGUUCAACAACGGGAGUUCCAGAGGUAGUUCCAGGUUAGGGCUUUCAACACCCAAGAAAGCCCUUCUCAUGAGAGCCGAGAGCAAUAUGCUCCUUAUGAGCCCUAUGCAGGAGGGCAAACCUCAUGCAACAGGACUUCAUCAGCUUGAUGUUGAAACCGGUAAAAUUGUUACAGAAUGGAAGUUUGAGAAGGAUGGUACUGAUAUUACCAUGAGAGACAUCACUAAUGAAAGUAAGGGGGCUCAAUUGGAUCCUUCAGAGUCCACGUUCUUGGGGUUGGAUGAUCACAGACUUUGUCGGUGGGAUAUGCGUGACCGGAAAGGGAUGGUUCAGAACCUUGCAACUUCCAGCACUCCUGUCCUUAAUUGGACUCAAGGGCAUCAGUUUUCUAGAGGGACAAAUUUUCAGUGCUUUGCGACCACAGGUGAUGGCUCAAUUGUUGUUGGGUCUCUUGAUGGGAAGAUCCGUCUGUAUUCACAGAAUUCUAUGAGGCAAGCAAAGACCGCUUUUCCGGGGCUUGGUUCCCCUAUUACCCAUGUGGAUGUAACUUUUGAUGGGAAGUGGAUAUUGGGCACGACGGAUACCUAUCUGAUCCUUAUCUGUACCUUGUUCACCGACAAAGAUGGAAAGACAAAGACCGGUUUUAGUGGUCGUAUGGGGAAUAGGAUCUCGGCUCCAAGGUUGUUGAAGUUGACUCCUUUGGAUUCCCAUUUGGCUGGGUCCAACAACAGGUUCCAUGGUGGGCAGUUCUCAUGGGUCACUGAAAAUGGGAAGCAGGAACGCCACCUGGUUGCAACAGUUGGGAAGUUCAGCGUGAUAUGGAACUUCCAGCAAGUGAAGGACAGUGCCCACGAGUGCUAUCGGAAUCAGGAAGGUCUGAAAAGCUGCUACUGUUACAAGAUUGUCCUAAAAGAUGAAUCCAUUGUUGAUAGCCGCUUCAUGCAUGACAAGUUUGCGGUCACCAACUCUCCUGAGGCUCCAUUAGUGGUUGCAACCCCAAUGAAAGUCAGCUCCUUCAGCAUUUCCAGCAGGCGAUGACAUGCUAAACUACCCUUGUUUGCAUGUUAAAAUUCCUGGUUGUUUUGUAUGUAUUCAUGACAAUCCAAAUGCUGCAUUUUGGAUCCCCUUAAUUGUAUUUGAGAUUGUUGUGUUGGAUAUAUCAUAUACCCGUGUUUGUGUUGAACCUGUA